UUUUCACGAAAGGACUCGACAGCUAGUCGCCUUCACCUACCAUGUGCUGGUGGUGAGUUCGUUGGGGCCGUGUGGAGCCGCUCUUGAUUUCGCUGGCCCUGGCAGGUUCCGGGGAGUUCCAGAGCCGGGGGGUUCUUUGUCUCCCUGAGGCUGCAAUGCAGGUUUGCAUCUAGCAGCGCGGUUUGAGCGGUUCGAUUCCUCUGAUUCUCGUUUCGUUGUGCUGAGACUGUGCGGUUGCUUCUUGAAUUUGAUUCAAGAACUAGGCCGAUCCUGCCUGCGCUGUGGCUGCUGUUCUUCUUCUCUAGGUGUAUGAUAGGACGGUUGCCGCUAGCCAGGAAUUGGUGAUGGAGCAGAAGAAAGCAAGACCAGCAGAGGAGCCUGCCCGGUUGAUGUGCGAUGAUGCGCUAACGGAGGUCUUCCGUAGGCUGCCCGCCCGUGCACUCGCUGCUUGCAGGCUGGUGUGCAAGUCCUGGAUGUCUGUGCUUACGGAUCCGCACUUCAUCCACGAGCACCUUAGGCGCGGCCAGCAGAAGCUGCUUCUCUUUGCGAACGACCGGGUGAUUGACAGGUCGCUCGCCAUGGUGCUCUCGGACGACAACAAGUCCAUGUACCAGCUGUCGAGGCCCGCGGCGUCUCAGAGCGUGUUUGUGCACAAUUCGUGCAAUGGCCUGCUGUGCCUGGGUGACAGUACAGGAGCGGUGGAGGUGCUGAACCCGACGACUGGUGAAUCUCUCGUGUUGCCAAUGCCAAUGUACACGGCUGGGAGCAGCCAGUUCUCAUCCUGUAAUUGGCACUGCUUGGGGUUUUGUCCGAAGACGAGGGAGCACAAGGUUGUGCAUUUCUAUCCAGGAUCUCAUAUUGAUUCGUUUGAGGUGCGCUGUGAGAUAUACACGAUUGGAGCUGGUGUCUGGAGACAAGUUGGGAGCUUCCGUGGUGCUCCGACAGAUAGAGGGGUGCAUGUGAAUGGAACAGUGUACUAUCUGACAAAGUUCCGCUACAUUGCUUCAUCUCGUAUCAAUUGCUUGAAUCUUGAGAGUGAAAAAUUUGAUGUGAUGACGCUUCCUCCACGCAAGUCUUAUGGAGGGCAUUGUUCUUUGACAGAGAUUGAGGGAAGGCUAUGCUUGUUAGUUGUGGAUGGUGUACUUGAAGGGCCACCUCGGACAAUGGACAUAUUGAUGCUCAAUAGCGAUGAUAAGCAGAGCUGGACUCCCAGAUACCACUUCUCUUUGCCUUGGUUGAUGCCUUCUUGUUAUUUUACUCCGAAACACACACUCUUCCAUGACAGGAAGAUUUGGGUGCAGUUGUUGGCUAGGAACCUCUAUUGUUUCGAUCCAAGUUCAGGUUCUGAAGAACUGACAGUAGCCUGGCCAGAGCUUGACUUUCCGUUUAGCACACAUACUUUCAUUGAGAGCAUAGUUCCUCUGCGUAAAGACUACUUCAUCAAGCAGAUACAGUGACAGUGGUGUUGUGCCCCUUGUUUUCAAGGUGGUAUUCAGUUUACAGCAAUACAGUACCUUAAUUGUUUCUUUUUUCUUUUAUGAACCAAGCUGUUAUUCAGCUUAAGGUGAUGUGCUAUUUUGGAUUCUAAUUAGUGAUAAUAAAUGCAAUCUCUAAACAUUUCUGACCA